AUGCCCUCUUUCAAGACCGUCUUCGCUUCGGCUGCCCUGGCCUGCCUCGCCAGCGCCGAGACCAUCAAGGUCACCGCCUCCAGCGACAACAAGUUCGAGCCCGAUGAGAUCAAGGCUGAGAAGGGUGAUAUUAUUGAAUUCCACUUCGAGCCCAAGAACCACAGUGUCGUCGCUGGUGACUACCGCUACCCUUGCUCUCCUCUCGAUAUCGGCACUGGUUUCUUCUCCGGUUUCGUUCCCACUGAUGAUGGCACUGCUGACAAGGUGUUCCGGGUCACCGUCAACGACACUGAGCCCCUACCAUUCUACUCCUCUCAGGGUAAGGAGUGCCCUAAUGGCAUGGUCGGCAUCAUCAACCCCAGCGAGAACAAGACUCUGGACGACUACAAGAAGGAGGCCGCUAAGCUCAGUUCGGGUGUGAGCCCUGGCAGGGCGGUCUUUGGCGGCAGGCUGGUCGAUGAGGAUGAUGCGGACUCCGACGACAGCGACAGCAAGGACAGCGACGACAAGGACUCCUCAGAGAGCAAGGAUGGCGAUGACAAGGACAACGCCGCUGGUGCCCUCGGCGCUCCUCUGGCGGGUAUUUUGGCUGUCGGCCUUGCCCUCAUCAUGGCUUAA